AUGGCACUGGUUAAGGUACUUCGAUAUCGCCGUAUGGCAAAGAUCGAGGCGCCGUUCGCAAAUGGCAGGAGGCCUUUAUCAAGCAUGACAGUCAACGAAGCCCAUGCGAUCAUGGCCCAGUUGCAAGAAUUGGAAUUUCCAUAUGCGUUUGCUAAGGCUCGUCGAACGGCCUUACUGAAGGCCGGAGGAAUUCCGACGAUGUCGAAGCUUUUCGCCGUGACGGGCCAGAACAACAGGCGCAAUGCGGGUAAGCGUGCUGUCGACACGGAAAUUCUCUUACGGGAGUCGCAGUCCCAGCCUCGAGAUUCGGAUCGUUAUGCAUCAGCUGUGGCGAGGAUGAAUUAUCUCCAUGCCCGUUACCGCCGCGCCAACAAAAUCACCGACGAUGAUCUUCUCCAUACAUUGGGUGACGGUCUUGCCGAGAUCCUGAAUGUGGUUGGGAGAGAAGAGUGGCGACAGCUUACCGAUGUUGAGAAAUGUGCGCUUGGUAUCUUUCACAGAAAUCUGGGCGAAGAUAUGGGAAUUCCAUUUGAUCGGCUUCCCUCAAGCGCACAAGGGUGGGAGGAUGGCUUGCACUUCGCGUUAGAACUGAGCAAGUGGACAGUCCACUAUGAAGAAGAAGUUGCGAGACCGACCGCAACUAAUGAUCAAUACGUCCGAGUCUAUGUUGAUUCCGCACUUCCUGGCUUCUUGAAAACAGUGGUGCGACAGAUGCUGGGUGCUGACUUGGAUGAUCUCAUGAGGACGAGCCUUGGUCUCGAACGUACCGGCUUCCUCCUCUCUCUCGUCCUAGACCUCGUCCAAAAUGCACGAAAGUUCAUCCUUCAACACCUUGCACUUCCACGGCCCUCCUUCCUCGCCGUCCGACUCGUGUACGAAACCCCAAACCCAGAAACAAACCUGUACAACUUCGAAAGAAAGAGCCUCCAACCAUGGUACAUGCGACCUACAUUCUGGUCAAAAUGGGGACCCGGGGCGAUGUUCGUGAGACUAUUCGGAGGCAAGUUGCCCGGGUCGCGCGGAGACCGGUAUCUGCCACAAGGAUACAACUUGAUGACAAUCGGGCCGGAGCCACAGAAUGGAAAAGGGUUGGAAGAGAUGGGUCUCGAUAUAGAGGUGAUCAAGGCGAGAGGCGUGGCCACUUGUCCAUUCUCUCAGGCAAAGUCGGGUGGCUUCAGGUGA